GGUCGUAAAUCCGCCAUGUUUUCCCUCCGUGCAGCGGCGUUGCGACAGGGACGGAGAACUCGAACGACAUGAAUGUAGAAAAUAAUCAUACGGCAGAAACAGAGCGGGAGCGAUCGAAGAACGGCACCGAGACUAUCACCAUUCACACCACACUGGGAGACGAAGACGAGGAUGUGCACAGAUGUGGCCGCUGUCAGACCGAGUUCUCCUCGCUGGAAGCUUUCAUCCAGCACAAGCUGCAGCACAGCUGCAAGCGGGAGGAGGGCAGCCGGGGGGACGACGACGACGACCAGCAGGUUACCGCAGCUCACGACACCGCUCCCGCUGAGGUGAAAGCCGCCGAAGGCGAGUCGUCGGAUGAACCGGGGAAGACCACGAACGAUGAAGGCGGCGGUCAGUUGGGUCGAGGUCGCAGGAGGAAAACCGCUUCACUUAAAGUCACUGACCAGUCCGAUGGGACUGAAGAAUCCAUAUCGGACAAUGCCGACAGUGACAAGCCUCCUUACAAAGUCAACCGAGACGGACGUUACAUUUGCCAACUUUGUGAAAAGACAUUUAAAACUACCAACAUCUUGAGAACUCACAUGAAAACCCACAGUGACCAGAAGAACUUCUCAUGUGACCUGUGUGGGACCUCCUUUCGUACUAAAGGCUCGCUGAUCCGCCACAACCGUCGUCACACGGACGAGCGGCCAUAUCGCUGUACCCUCUGUGGCCAGUCUUUCAGAGAGUCCGGAGCCCUCACCAGACACCUUAAGGCCCUCACACCAUGCACAGAAAAGAUCCGCUUUGUUCAGUAUAAGGAGAUCCUGGUCAGCAAAGAUGGAAUACAAAAAGGUGUGGAAGCUGAUCACACCGCAGUGACUGGCGAGCAAGAGGUGGUGGUUGUGGAGCAGCAGCCAGAGGAGCAGGAGAUAGUGGAGGCGCAGACUGCUGUCGUCAGUGUGGUAGAGGCUGGUUCCCAAGAGGUCCUCCAUCAGGUCCACUUCACAAUGGAAGUGGAUGGAACAACGCAGGAGCAACAGGUGGUGGUCGAGCAGUCCCAGGCGGAAGCCCUGGCCGCAGCUGCAGCCGCAGGCGACAACCUCAUUUGCCAGGCGAUCAUCAACUCUGGCAUCGCACUGGAGACGGAAGAAACGGUGGUCGAGGAGACCACACAGGAAACUGAGGAGAUGGAUAAAGUGGUUUCCGACUGUCCUGAUGUUGAUGAGAACAUCGAAGAGAUCCACGUUAAAGAAGAGUUUGUGGAGAUGGAGACAGAGGAAACAGAAGAUGGAGGUGGUCGGACAUCAAAAUUGCACACGUGUCCACACUGUAAUCGCUCAUUCAAGGGACUGAACUACUUUCGCUUUCAUGUCAAGGGCCAUCUUGGUUAUAAGCCCUUUAAGUGCACUCUCUGCCAUAAAGAGUUUCUGACUGGUUACCUACUGAAGAAACACAUGGAAGUUCAUGUCAGCGAGAGGAGAUAUAAGUGUGGUGAGUGUGGUAAGCUGUACAAAACCGUUGGGCAUGUACGUGAGCACAUGAGGGCCCACUCGGAUGAAAGACCCUACCACUGUGGCAGAUGCAGCAAAGGAUACAAAACCAAGAAUGCCUUGCAGGUUCACCAGCGGACUCACGGUGACGACAAACCCUAUGUGUGUCAAUUCUGCCUGAGAGGUUUCAGGGAGAAAGGUUCUCUGGUGCGACACAUCCGCCAUCACACCGGAGAGAAGCCUUUUAAAUGCCCAAAGUGUGGACGUGGCUUUGCUGAGCACGGGACCCUCAAUCGGCACAUGCGCGCAAAAGGAGGCUGCCAGAAGGACGAUUCCAGUGAGUCGCAGGUCGAGGUAACGGAGGAGCAGGCGUCAGUGGACAGCCUCGCUACAGCAGCCAUCAUCUCGGAGGACCCUCAUGCUGUCCUGGUGGAGUUCUCCUCUGUGGUGGCAGACACACAGGAGUAUAUCAUCAAGACUCAAACAGACGAGGAAGUGCAGGAAGAAGAAGUUACACUCAUUCAAGAUGGCCAAAAUGAGAUGGGAAACCACAUCAUGAAAGUGGUGCAGCGACUCGUCAGCCAGUCUCGCGGCGCCGGCGGCACGGGCAGCCACCAGAUCAUUGUGCGAAACGUGGAGGUGGACGAGGAGGGCCCGUCCAUCUCUGACUGCGGGGACACCAUCACCAUCGCCACGCCCGAGAGCCUGACGGAGCAGGUGGCCAUGACGCUGGCCUCCGCCAUCAGUGACGGCACGCUGCUCGCCACGACGGGCACCGUGGAGACGGCGGACGGAACAGUUACCAUGGUCACCGCGGAGGAAGCAGUGGAGGAGGGGAUAGAAGUGCUGCAGCAGCAGGAGGAAUAUGUCAUCACCACUCCCGAGGAGGUGGAGAUUCAGACUGUCAUUGUAUGAUCAAGGACACGGACAAUGGACUGCAACUCGACUGUACCUGUGUAGCUAAUGACUGUACUUGUAUGUGUGAUAUUCAAGUAUAAAACAAAAGCCAAAGUGUUUGUAAGGUUUGUACUUAUAGAACACCAUGAAAAUAGUUCUAUCAUAUGUUUGAUUUUUGAUUGGUUUACCGAAAUGAAGCCCUGCGUGCACUCUGCUAGCUAAUUAUUGAACUUUUACGUGCAUACACCUUAAAAGAAUAACUAGAUGAAUUGUGUGAGAUUUCACUCUGAAUGCCUGUGAACAAUUUUAUAUUUCAUAUUCCAUUACUCAUACUACCUAAAAUGGCAUCGUUGCAUUGCCUGAUGUCGAAGUCGGCUACAGUCAUGUUUUUAAACUUCACAUCUCCCAGUUUGAAAAGUGGCUCCCUUUAAAGACUGAUCCAUCCCCAGCCGUGUGCGUGUUCCCUGCCUGUGUGAGGGCGUUCGGGGACGCCACGAAUUCUCCAUGUUACAGAGAUGGUCAAUCAUAACGCAUCUUUACGGAUACGGUGGUAAACGGAUGUGAAAAUGUCCUCAGUUUAUUCAAGCAGUGUUUGCAUCAAAUAAAUGCUAUUUUAUUAUA